ACAAAAAUCGUGAUAACUCUUUUUAUUGGUGCUAUAAAUAUAAAGAUUCUCAUAAUUGCAAAGUAAGAGCAGUUACAAUUUUAGAAGGCCAAAGUCAUGUCUUAAAAAAGUUUAGUAAGCAUAACCAUGCACCAGAACCAAGUCAUGCUGAUGUAAUUCAAGCAUUAAAUAAUAUGAGAGAAAUAGUAUCCCAAAGCCGUGAAAGACCAUCUCAAAUAAUCUAUGAUAUAACAAUUAAUAUGCCUGAAGAUUCUUUUUAUUAUAUGCCUAAUAAUGAGGCAUUACGCAAGCAGAUUUCAUCACUUCAAGAAAUAGAUGUUCCCAAUCAAUUACAAGUAACUAUGAGAGGAGAACAAUUUUUAGCUAGAGAAAUAAAUCUUAAUAAUGAAAAAAUUAUGAUUUUUUGCACUAGUAAUAACUUACUUUAUUUUGAGGAAGCAAAUUAUUGGUUGAUAGACGGUAUCUUCAAAACUGUACCUACACUUUUUCGUCAAUUAUAUACUAUCCAUGCCCCAGUUGGAGGUGAAACUAAUUUUUGUGUUUUUCCUUUAGUUUAUAUUUUAAUGACCAACCAAUUAGAAGAGAGUUAUAAACAAGUAUUUCAAGAAUUAUUAAAUUUGAGUAAAGAAGCAAGUUAUAACUUAAAUCCACCUGUAAUUAUAACUUAUUUUGAACAGUCAGUUAUUAAUGCUGUUCAGAUUAAGUUUCCUAAUUCUGUACAUAAAGGUUGUUUCUUUUAUAUGUGUCAAAAUUUUUGGAGAAAAAUUCAAGUUGAAGGAUUGGCAAUUGAAUAUGGCAAUAAUAAAAGUUUUAGUUUUAGAUUAUGUCAUUUAGUAGCUCUCGCUUUUCUUCCUUAUUUGGAGAUUUUAGCUGCAUUUGAUAUAAUUAAACCUUUAAUGCCUUCUAAUACUAUUGAAAUUAGCAAUAUUGUAGAAAAAGCUCAUCUUGGUACUUAUACAAUUAUUGAGGAGAUACGUAAAGAACAACAACAAGUUGAUAUGCAAAUUGAACAUGUAUUACAUGGUAAACUUCGUCCAACUCAACAUAAAUACUUAGUUGAUCAUAAAAAAAGAAUUAUAUUAGUUUUUAAUAAUCAUGAUACUUAUACAGUUGUUGAUUUUUUAAGAGGUAUCACACAUAAUAUUUCUUAA